AUGUCCAAUUGGCCAGAUGAUUUGAAGAAGCAGGUGGAUGGUUUGACAGUGCUUGUCUCUGGUGGCUAUUUUUUUGAUGGUUCGCUCAUCACUUCAUUGAGCGACGACGAAAUUCGUUCACUUGUUCGUCAAGCUCUUGCAUCUGAUAUUCAUUCAUUUUGUGUUUGUGGCGUUUUCUCCCCAUGCCGACCUGAUCAAGAACAACGUGUAGCUCAGAUCAUUCGUGAAGAAUCAUCGGAUGUAUUCAUCACUCUUUCGCAUGAAAUUGCCGGCCUGGGCUUAAUUGAACGUGAGAAUGUGUCGAUUCUCAAUGCAUGCCUUCGUCCACUGGCUCUUCGCACCAUGAGAGCAUUAGAACAAGCUCUUCCUCCUGAAAUACCUGUGUUUCUCACUCAAAAUAAUGGAACUUUGUUAUCCAUCGAUCAAUGUAUUCGAUUUCCUGUUCUUACAUUUGCUAGUGGUCCAACAAACUCAAUGGUUGGUGCAGCUCAUCUGACCGGUAUUCAAAACGGGAUAGUGCUUGAUGUGGGAGGAACAUCGACUGAUAUCGGAAUGAUAGUCAAUGGAAGGCCAAGACACGCACAUGCCAAAGUAUAUCUGGUCGAUGAUAUUCGGGUCAAUACGAGCAUGCCUGAUGUUCUUUCUUUACCGUUAGGCGGAGGUACAAUUGUACAUGUUGACGAGGAAACUAGAUCAAUAUGCUUUGGUCCGGAUAGUGUCGGUUACCAAUUAGUAACUCAUGCAUUGGCAUUUGGUGGUCAAACUAUCACUGGUACAGAUGUAGCAUUAGCUGCCAAACUGACUUCUCGGAUUGGCCAUUCUAUUGUGCAAUUACCAUCGUUCAUUGUCGAACAAGUGCUUGAUCAUAUAAGAAAUACAAUUAGUAGAGGCAUCGAUCGAAUAAAAACUAAUCAAGAGUCCAUACCAGUCAUAUUGUGCGGCGGCGGAUCAAUUCUUGUGAAUUCAAAAGAAGCUUUCGACGGUGUCACAAACAUGAUUCGUCCACCUCACUUUGCAGUCUGCAAUGCUGUGGGUGCUACUCUUUGUCGAGUAAGUGCUACCAUUGAAUCGAUUGUUGACCUUGUUCCAUCAUCUAUCGACAAUGGAGUACAACGAAAGCAUGAAAUCGAUCGAUUGACAUUACUGGUUCAACAGCAAUGUGAACAAAAUGGAGCUCAUCCAAAUACAGUUCACUUAGUCGACAUAGAGCAAGUGCCAUUAGCCUACUAUCCGGGAGGAUAUAAACAUCGAGUACUAUUGACUGCUAUCGGGCAGCUCGAUCUUUCCAAAUUGAAAGGACAUCAUCAACAAUGCGGAGGACAGCAAAUCUUACCAGAAUUUCCAGUAAGAAAACCGCAAUUAUCUAAGCCACUAAAAUAUACGAGCAUGAUCAACAAGCAACCUACAUUUGACGACAAUGGUUAUUGGAUCAUUGAUCCAAUUGAUAUCGAAUACAUUGCUUAUGGAGCUGGCAUUCUCGGUUGUGGUGGUGGCGGUGAGCCUUAUUACACAAAACUGAUGUGUCUCGAAAUGUUGAAUAACUGUCCUGGUGUGAUGCGUGUAACAUCUCCUUCUUCUCUUCAUCCGUUAUUGGAUCUUGCCGCUAUUGUUGGUUUCAUGGGCGCACCCACCGUAUCAUAUGAGCAAUUACCGAGUGGUAACGAAUGUCUGUUGGCUAUCAGCACUAUCGAAGCACAUCUCUCUAGAAAAGUUACAUGUGUAUUCUGCGGAGAAAUCGGUGGUGCAAAUGGGUUUCGUGGUUUGUUAGUGGCAGCGAGCAAACAAAUACCAUGUAUCGAUUGUGACAAUAUGGGAAGAGCUUUUCCUCGACUCGAUCAGAAACUGUUAUUCAUUCGAGGUCAAAAUGUUACACCUACUUGUAUGUGUGAUGUUCUUGGACGUACGGUGUUGUAUACACAAGAGACAAUUAGAAAUGCACAAGAGCUUGAGGAGACAUUAAGAAAAGAAUGUACGAAGAUGGGUCUUAGAGGUGGACUUUGUCUACCACCGCUAACAGGUGACCAAGUACAAAAAUACACAGUGCAUCAUAGUCUCUCACUAGCCUGGUUUCUCGGAAAAGCUAAAUUCAGUAAUCAUAAUAAUGCCAUUCAAGCAGUCGCUCAAGCCGGUCAUGGACGGAUCGUUGUUUCCGAUGGAAAAGUAGUCAGUGUAGAACGGAACACUGGUGCUGGUUUUGUUCGAGGUCAUGUAAUAAUCGAUGUCGAAGGAAGAAUGUUGACAAUAGAUUUUCAAAAUGAAAAUUUGAUGGCUAGAUUCGAAGACAAAGUAAUUGCCAGUGUACCUGAUCUAAUUACACUUGUCGAACAGGACUCGGGCGAACCGUUGUCUACAGAAACUGUCAAAUACGGAUGUCGUAUCUCAGUGCUCGUGCUGCCAGCACCUGAGGCAAUGACUACACAAGAAGCUCUCAAAUAUGUGGGACCCAGUGCAUUCGGUUAUAAUCAUGAUUACAUACCACCUUCAUAUCAUGUUCCAGUCAAAUCCGUUUGGGAUGUCUAUUAUAAUAAACCUUCUAUAUAA